AUGUUGUCAGAAGCGAGCAGUGGGGAGGUGGCGGAGGAGGGCACAGUGGGUGGUAGGAUUCGGGUAGAGGAUUCGAAAAACAACAGAAUCAAACGAUGGAUUUCAUACAUGGAUCCACCUUCCUGUGUAUUCAAAGGCAAGUUACAGCUAACCGAAUAUACCAAUACAGGCGAUUGGCGAAUAUCAGUAGAACAAUUGAUUGCGAUGGAAGAAAAGAUAUUUGAAGUCCGCGAGUUUGAUCUUCCGAGAUAUGAGGUGAACCUAGAGUUACCAUCGUACGCUGUUACAACUGACGAGGAAUUUACCGGUAAAGUUUCAGCAAAGUACACAUUCGGAAAGCCUGUCAAAGGGAAGCUAACCGUUUUGCUUGAAACAACAUUUACAAGCGACCGCAAGAUUAAGCUCCAUUUCGGAAAUUUCAAUGGAGAAAUGGAUUUUUCCGUACCAAUGCAGAACGUAACCACCAUUCUGAGUUCAUCUCAAGUUCGUGUCACCGUCACGGUUACAGAAGGUCUAACUGGUGUUAAAAUCAAGGAUAAAAGUGAUAUAGGACUGUAUGGAUAUCACGAAAAAAUUACUUUUGCAAAUGUUUUGCCUAAAGUUUACAAGCCUGGGCUUGUGUACCAUGGUAUCCUUCAAGUUACCGCGCAAGAUGGCACCAUUCUACCAAAUGCUGAAGGAAAUGUUGAUAUCAGCAUAAGCUAUUUUGCACCUCCAAGAAUCUAUAAUGAGUCCUCCCUGCUCAACCCAGAAUUGAAACGCCUACCAUCGAUAAUCAAAGGUGUUCCGAGAAAUGGAAUUGUUCAGUUUGACGUCGUGAUUCCGUCUGAAACCGCAGAUUCAGGUGUUUCCAUCUCUGCAAAUUAUGGAUCUGCUUAUGCUUCUUUGAACCUGCAAAGAGCAGAGUCACCGAGCGGUUCUUACGUACAAGUCAGAUUGAAAUCAAAACCUUCAAUGUUACAGGCUGAAUCAUGGGCUAAGUUUGAACUGAAGUCAACAAAGAACAUGUCUUUUGUGGACGUUCAGAUAUUAUCUAAAGGUGUGUUGGUCAAGCGCAAAAAACUUUAUGUUAGGGGUACGAAGAAAACAUCCAAAGUAUUCAGAGUAAAACUAACACAGCCUAUGGUACCAAAAUCAAAGCUUUUGGUCUACUACUUUCGAGAUGGGGAAGUCGUCUCAGAUUCCAUCAGUAUAGCUGUGGACGGACUAUUUAAAAAUAAGGCAUCUCUGAAGUUCAAUAAGGCGAGGGCAAAACCAAACACUGAUGUAACCUUGCAUCUGAAGGCUGCACCAGGAUCUGAGAUGCACAUCUUAGCGAUAGACAAAAAAGUACUCCUGCUGAAGAAGGGAAACGAUAUAACACAAGAUGAUGUUGAGAAUGAGAUCCAGCUUUAUAACGAUCAGCCAAAUUUCGGAUUAAGAUCUAUCCGAUGGUUGCCCAUUCCCAUUGGGGAUACCGACACAUAUUCUAUUUUCCUGAACACUGGAGUAGUUGUAAUGACUGACUUAACGAUAACCCGCAACUUAAACUUUGAAGUUUGCAGAUACAAUGGAGAGGCAAGACUUUCUCGUAAAACGCCUGACAGUAUGACGACAUGGGUAGCAUCAAUGUUUGCAUCCGACAAAAAGACUGGACUUGGUGUAGCCACAUCAACAGCUGAAAUCACGGUGGUUUUGAAAGAGUUCAUCCAAAUCACUGUACCUCGUUGUGCAGUCAGGGGAGAGAUGGUUGUUAUCGAAGCAAACUUCUUUAAUUAUGGGAACAAGGCUAUUGAACCGAUAAAAGUUAAUUCCAAUGACAUCGGUACGGUAUAUUUUCCAAUCAUACCUUGCUUGAAUGGGGAGUUGAAAAUCACUGUAUUGGCUAGGGCGAAGGGGACACGCAGACGUAUUGAUGCUAUCACAAAGUCUAUCAAAGCGAAAGCGGAAGGCAUUCGUCAGUCAUACAGCAUAACGUCUCUGAAAGUCUUAAAAUGUGAUGAAUCUGUGAACGAAUCAAUCAGCAUAACAUUUCCCGAGGAACAUGUGCCUGAGUCAGAAUAUAUUCAAGUAUCAGUUAUAGGUGAUAUUAUGGGACCACCUCUGGCUGGUAUCGAGGACCUUUUGCAGAUGUCAUAUGGCUGCGGAGAACAAAAUCUUAUGAAAUUUGUUCCUAAUGUAUUUAUUACAAGAUAUCUCCGUGCCACAAACAGACUCUCUGUAGAGAUAAAGAUAAAAGUAGAAGGGUUACUGAACUCAGGGUAUCAGAGGCAGCUGAUUUACAGACGUGAUAUUGGAUCAUUCAGCGCAUUUGGGAACCACGAUAGCAGUGGUAGCACUUGGUUAACAGCAUUUGUUGUCAAAGCAUUUGCUCAGGCUAACGAAGACAUAUACAUAGACCCAAGUGUGAUGUCCAGUGCUAUCCUGUUUCUCUUAGGACAACAAAGUGAAGACGGUUCAUUUAAUGAGCCGGGCAAUGUGAUACAUAAAGAAAUGCAGGGUGGAUCGUCUUCAUCGUCUAGAUCACUGACCUCGUUUGUAGUUCUAGCAUUAGCAGAGGCAAAACGAAUGGGUUUUGCGAGCGCAAAUAUUUCAGAACAGGUCAACCAAUCGAUUUUAAGUGCCAUCAAUUAUAUUACAAGUGGAGGUAUCGAAAGUUUUGAAAACACUUAUGAACUUGGAAUCACCGCAUAUGCUUUGACAUUGGUCAACAAAGACUCGGAAAUACUGAAAGACAUUCUAGCUGCAUUGGAGAUGAGAGCAACGGUGGAAAAUGGAAAAAAAUACUGGAUUCUCACUGAUGACGAAGCCGAAUCUCUAUCACCCUUUAAAUCAAGUUGGCAACCACCAAUAACUAAGUCAAGGGCUCUCGAUGUCGAGGUCACAGCUUAUAUCAUGCUAGCCUUCAUUGAGAGAAACGACAUUGAAAACAGUCUGCAGAUGUUAAAGUGGCUGGUAACACAACAGAAUUCCAAAGGUGGAUUUAUUUCAACACAGGACACAGUUGUCGCCCUUCAAGCCUUAGCGGCACUAGCAGAGUUUGUGUAUCAAGACAACUUUGCUUUAAACGUCAUUGUAAAAUCUUCUUCCGGAUCGUACUGUCAUGGCUUCACGAUCACCAAUGCAAAUGCCCUGGUUCUUCAGAUAGCUGAGAUUCCAUAUAAACAAAAUCAUGAAGAACUUACAGUCAGUGCUGUUGGAACUGGAAUAUGUCUAUUGGAGGUGUCGGUUUUCUUUAACGUGUUGAGAGAACUUCGUGUGCCAGCGUUCGACAUGAAUGUCACGUUAGAAAACGAGACAAUGGAGGGUUUUAGACUUAAUAUUUGUUUCAGAUGGGUACGUAAGGGACGCAGCACCAUGGCCUUGUUGAAGGUAGGCUUCCCAACGGGUAUGGAGGGUGAUAUUAAGUCAAUUGGAACCAAUGAAGCCGCAACAUUCAAGCGAGCAGAGCAGAAUGGCGAAGACAUAGAGAUGUACUUUGAUUACGUAACAAACGAUGAAAGCUGCGUGACUGUACAGGUUUACCGGAGCAGUAUCGUGGCGAAUGCUAAAAAAGUACCUGUGACAGUGUGCGAUUAUUACGAGACUGCGAACACUUUAACCGUCUUUUACAAGUCAACGGUACUGAGCAGAGCUUUACCGAGAGAUGCGUGCGUUGAUUGUCUGAUCUAA